UAUUUCUUUUCUUCUUUUUUUUUUCUCUUUCUUUCUUGCUUUCCCCUCCUCCAUUCCCCAAUUUACCCUCGUCGUCUUUCUCUCUGCCUCUCCUGUUUCUUAAUCUCCUUCUCUCGGUUGGUUUCCAUACUCCUUCCUCUUCUCUUAUCCUCCUCUUUCUUUUAUGCUCCUCUUUCUUGUGCUGUGCUUUUAAUGAUUCCCGCUCCGAUCGCAUUCCACUGACGGGGAGUCCCAAUCUUCCUAAAUCACCCGCUUUCGUCGCUCUUGAGCUCUGAGAUUUGGACGAGGAAGUGCGGUCAGGAUUUAUGUCCGUCUAUCAAUCCAGGGCUGAGAGGAUCCAGGGGCAGCUUAGGAAACCCGGUCGACCGGGCAGCUCCGGCCAGCAGAGGAGUUCCAUUGGCGGCGGGGGCGGCUGCGGCGACGGCGGCUCCGCCCCUCCUCCUAUCCCCAUCUCUGCAUCCCCUGCUACUCCUUCGUCAUUGUCGACGAACCGAAGCUUCAAGAAAUCUGGUAAUGGACACGGGGGUCAAUCUAGGAUAAAUCCCACAACCGCGAGUUCUGAAGCGAGUGGUGCUUCUCCGGCUAUUACUGUCCAUCGGGCUGUUCAGAAUGGUGCUCAGGCCCCGGCUCCCUCUCCUGGAUUUUCAGAUGCACCAGCCCCAGGCAGUGCAAAACCGAUGGAUGUGCUGACCCCCAGAAAUGCAUCCCGAGCUAUCCCAAAGGUGCCAUCUUCUCAGUCUGCUACUGGAGCUUCAAGUUCUUCAACGCCCUUGACACUUCCUAAAGGGGAUGCAUCUAAGACCUUUACUCUUCAGUUUGGCUCAAUAAAUCCUGGCAUCAUGAACGAAUUGCAGAUUCCUGCUCGGACAAGCUCAGCUCCGCCAAAUCUGGAUGAACAACAUGACCAGGCUCAUGCUGAGUCCUUUGGAGCUGCUCCAACAUUGCCUAUACCUUCUGUUCCAAUAGAGCAGCAACGACAACAAACUAAAAAGGUAGGUGGUGGUACUCAUCAGUCUAGCAAUCUGGAGCAACAUCCUGUAUCACAAGCAAAGAGAGAUACAAGCAUCCCAGUCCCAUCUGCCUCAGUUGUACCCCCACCAAAAUCACCUGUUCUUCCAGUUUCUGGGAUACCUUUGCCCAUGUCUAUGUCAUUUCAACCUCAACAACCACCAGUUCCUCCUCAACUUGGUGGCCCUAGCCCACAGAUGCUACCAGGUCUUGCAGCCAAUUCACUGCAAAUGACGAUGACAUUACCUGUGGCCAAUGUCCCCCAAGUUGCACAGCAAAUUUAUGUUCCUGGCAUCCAGCCUCAUUUUGUGCAACAACAGGCACUGAUGCAUCAGGGACAAGGUUUAGGGUUUCCCCCAUCAAUUGUUCAUCAAUUACCCCAACAAUUAGGAAACCUGGGAAUGGGCAUUACUUCACAAUUUCCUCAACAGCAGCCGGGUAAAUUUGGUGGCCUUCGUAGGACCACAGUGAAAAUAACUCAUCCAGAAACUCAUGAAGAGUUGAGGCUUGACAAAAAAACUGAUUCUUCCAAGGAUGGUGGUACCUCUGGGCAGAGGCCACUUCCUAAUGUAAUCCCACAAGCUCAGGCUAUUGCAACGUAUAAUGCUGCUCCUCAGAUGUAUUACCCCCAAAUACAGCAAAAUUCUUAUAGCCCUUCUACACUUAUUUUUACUACUACUGUUCCUCUGACCAGUGGGCAGGUGUCGAUGAGCUCACAAGCUGCAAGAUAUAGCUAUUCUGUCAGUCAAAGUGGGCAAAACUUGCCUGUCAUGCAGUCAACCAUGGUCAACAAUGUUCCAGUUGGCAAACCUUCACAUUCAUCCUCUCUGUGUUGCAUUACUAAAGGGAUAAACUCAGAAGAGAUACCAGUUUCCACCUCCCUCCCCACCACAGUUCAUGUAACUGUCAAACCAUCCAUUGGUUCAGAAGGUGAGAAAGUUGGGGCUUCCUUGUUGGCACCUCCAGUGGUAAUUAGCAUGCCUGUUAGCAAAGCCCCUAAGUCAGUAAAGACUGUGGCAGAUUCUACUCGUUCCUGUCAAAGAAACAAAGAGACAAGUCCAGAUGGACCUGCUUGGCAGCCUAAGUCAGGUUCCAAACUGUUAGCUGAUGUUUCAUUGCCUAUCGCAAACACAAGCUCUACUGCUGGUGCUUCUGUGCCCUCAACAAAGCCAUUGAUCUCUGAAUCACCAGCUGCUGACUCUGGCUUAAUUCCAUUUGGGCCUGAUGGCAGGAAAAGAGAACCUGUUGAAAGAUCUGAUUCUUUGAAGGAUACCCAGAAGAAGCAAAGUAAAAAGGAGCAUCUUCAGUUAGAUGCAUCUUCUCCUGAAGGAGCAAACCUGUCUUUGUUAAAAAUUACCAAGGGUAGAUUUGAGAGAGAACUUAUUUUUCAGGAAGGGCACACUAAAACUGAGAACACUGAAACUCCUUUAGCAUCUGAUCUGGCCGCUUCUUCGAUGUGGCCUUCCCUUAAAGCUGAAAACAGGAAUCUUUCAGGAGGAACAACUAAGCCAUGUGAAGGUAACUUAACGCCUGCUGCAUCUAGCUUAUCUGGAGCAAUAUUGGAGGAGGAAGCAUCCCAAGGUGCUUCACUAGGGCAUGCUGAUUCAUUUGGUUUGGCACCUGAUGGUGUUUCCAUCAUAGAGGAUUUUCCUUCUGAGACCACAAUUUCUUUGAGCCCUAUGGUGGAUGGAACACAUUUCAAAAGUUUGGAUACUAGCUUGAGUGUGGCAAACACAGCUUUGGAUGCUAGGAUAGACGAAAUGCUUGACGUAACAGAGCAUGGGAAAUCUGAUGUAUUUAAUGCUUCAUCGCGAGAUUCUAAUGAUGCUGAAGUACAUCCAUCUUCUACCAUCAGAAAUUCUUCUGAAUUUUCAUGUCAAUUUGUGUCAUUAAAAGAAGAUGAUGGGGUAAGAAAUUAUGAGAAAGUGACAUCUAGGGACUACAAUGCAGCGGACAACAAACCGUUGAAUAGCUUUGUUGAAGAUGUUGGUACCAGAGAGGAGAUAAAUAGGACAGUCAAUGUACAAAAUAGGCCUAUUGAUGCAGCUUUGGACUCAGCUGAUUCUGGAACUGCAUUUGUUAGUGAUGUUUCAUCUGCAAAUGACGGCAAAGAUAAGCUUGAUUUGUUUCCAACCACACGUGAAGUAAAAUAUAGCAAGGAUGUUGGUUUGACUGAUUCUGGUGUUAUGCCCAUUGAAUCGGUCCCUGUCCCUAAUUCAUCCCUUUCUGAGGUGGCACAGAAGCUGGGAUCUAAAGUUAUGGAAUUGCCUAGUGGACUGAUUUCUAUGGCAAGCAUGGGACAGAAGGAAAAAUCUUCCUUGGAAAGCUCAAUGCCUAAGAUUGUGGCUGGAAGAAAGAAGAAGAGAAGGGAAAUACUUUUGAGAGCAGAUGCUGCAGGGGCAUCUGACCUUUACAAUGCGUACAAGGGCCCAGGGGAAAAGAAUGUGAUUGUUAGUAACUCAGCAAGUAUAGAUAGCUCAACAGCUGACACAAUGGUUGCACAUGUAGAUUAUUCUAAAAAGGAUGUUGCUGCAAGUGAGGAAGAUGGGCAGAACAAAGCUGAAUUGGAUGACUGGGAAGAUGCAGCUGAUAUAUCCACUUCAAAACUGAAAACAUUAGAGCAUGGAAAGCCAGCUGAUGGAGCAGGGAAGCAAGAUGGUGAUGAUGGUUAUGAAGCCACUAGUCGAAAGAAAUAUUCGAGAGAUUUUCUAAUGACCUUUUCGCAGCUGUUUAUGGAGCUUCCUGUAGGUUUUGAGAUUGGUUCUGACAUAGCAGAUGCAUUGAUGAGCACUCCACUUGGGAAAUCACCGUGUCUAAGUCCUGGGAGGAUCAUAGACCGGCCAUCGGGUCCUCGGUCAGAGCGUCGUAUGGUUAGCAAUUUGGAUGAUGAAAAAUGGAGCAGAUCACCUGUGUCUUUUGGCCCUGGACGUGACCUUAGAUUGGACGCUGGGCAUGGAGCUGCAAUUGUUAGUCUUCGACCUGGGCAAGGUGCCAGUUAUGCAGUUCUGAGAAAUUCUCGUGCCCAGGCAUCCAAUCAAUUUGGAGGAGGUAUCCUGUCAGGACCAACACAACCCUUGACAUCUCAGGGAAGCAUGCCACGUGGAAGUCCUGAUGCGGACAAGUGGCAACGCGCAAAAGGUUUAAUACCCUCUCCUCAAGCACCUUUGCAGGUUAUGCACAAAGCUGAGAAAAAAUAUGAACUGGGCAAAUCUGUUGAUAAGGAAGAGGCAAAGCAAAGACAACUAAAAGCCAUCCUUAACAAGUUAACACCUCAAAAUUUUGAAAAACUCUUUGCCCAGGUCAAGGAGGUUAACAUUGACAAUGCAGUUACUCUUACUGGUGUGAUCUCACAGAUUUUUGACAAAGCUUUAAUGGAACCAACCUUCUGUGAAAUGUAUGCUAAUUUCUGUGUUCAUCUCGCCUGUGAACUACCGGGUUUCAAUGAAGACAAUGAAAAGAUCACUUUUAAAAGACUGCUCCUGAACAAAUGUCAAGAGGAAUUUGAAAGAGGGGAGAGAGAACAAGCUGAAGCUAACAAAGUUGAAGAGGAAGGUGAGAUCCAGCAGACCAAAGAGGAAAGGGAAGUGAAAAGGCUUCAGGCCCGCAGGCGCAUGCUGGGCAAUAUUAGGUUAAUUGGGGAAUUGUACAAAAAGAAGAUGUUGACUGAGAGAAUCAUGCAUGAGUGCAUCAAGAAGUUGUUGGGACAAUAUCAGAAUCCUGAUGAGGAAGAUCUUGAAGCUUUGUGCAAAUUGAUGAGUACAAUUGGGGAGAUGAUAGAUCACCCCAAAGCAAAGGAGCACAUGGAUGCAUACUUUGACAUGAUGACAAAGCUCUCAACAAAUCAAAAGCUAUCCUCACGUGUUAGAUUUAUGCUGAGAGAUGCAAUUGAUCUUAGGAAGAAUAAAUGGCAGCAGAGAAUGAAAGUCGAGGGGCCUAAGAAGAUUGAGGAGGUUCACAGAGAUGCAGCUCAAGAAAGGCAAUCCCAGUCAAGUAGGUUGGCUCGUGGUCCCAUCAAUAGUAAUGUCCCAAGACGAGGUCAAGCAGUUGAUUAUGGUCCCCGUGGUUCCAUGCCAUUAACUUCUCCAAACUCUCAGCAGGUUGGUGGUCCUCGUGGAUUGCCAUUUCAGUCCCAUGGGUACGGCAAACAGGAUGUGCGGGUGGAGGAUAGGCAUCAGUUUGAAACAAGAACAAUGUCACUUCCCCUGCAGCAAAGGUCUACUGAUGAUGAUUCUAUUACCCUUGGUCCUCAAGGGGGUCUUGCCAGGGGAAUGUCUACCAGAGGACACCCAUCAAUCUCUAAUGUUCCAGCUACUGAAACUUCUCUAGCUGUUGAACAUCGUAGAAUAACGUCGGGUCCAAAUGGUACUAGUUAUAUGGCAGAUAGGUUAUCUGGAGCAACAUCUGAUCAAUUAAACCUUCAAGUUCAUAGUAGUUACUACGGGGUCAGAGACUUUAAGAGUUCAGAUCAUACUUUUGAGAGAUCUGUUACGUCUAUCCUACCUUCUGGACGAACUCAUGGCACUUCAGGUGGCAGCCUAAACUCGGUUUCUGAAACAAGAACAAUAUCAGAAGAAGUUUUACGAGAAAAAUCAAUAUUGGCAAUUAGAGAGUUCUACAGUGCCGAGGAUGAGAAAGAGGUUGUGUUGUGCAUCAAGGAAUUAAAUGCUCCAAGUUUUCAUCCUUCUGUCAUCUCGUUAUGGGUCAUCGACUCCUUUGAAAGAAAAGAUGUGGAACGAGAUCUCCUAGCCGAGCUUAUUGUUAAGCUUUGCAAAUCAAGAGAUAGCUUCCUUAAUAAAGAUCAGCUACUCCAGGGGUUUGAAUCUGUUAUUUCUUCGUUGGAGGAUGCCGUAAAUGAUGCUCCAAAAGCACCUGAGUUUCUUGGUCGUAUUUUUGCUAAAGUUGUGAUGGAAGAUAUGGCCCCUUUGAGAGACAUAGGAAGAUUGCUAUGUGAAGGAGGCGAAGAAUCAGGCUGUCUAAGAGAGAGUGGGCUAGCGGCAGAUGUGCUCGGUAACAUUUUUGAGACCAUAAAACUAGAAAGAGGAGAUACUGUCUUGGAUGAGAUCCGGGCUAGCUCCAAUCUACCGUUGCAAGACUUUCGACCAACGCAUCCAAUAAAAUCAAAGUUGGAUGCAUUUUUUUGAUCGAGAGCACCGUAGUUAUGUUUAGGUUUUGUAGGGUGUUCCAUCCAGAGAAUUGCUCUCUCUCUCUCUCUCUCUCUCUCUCACUGCUUAUGGGUUCAUAUGAUAUAUUGGUUUCUAUUUAUCCAUGCCUUGUAGUUGCCCUUGGUUCAACGAGGUUGGCAUCAGGAUAUGAGAUGAACAAUUUAUUAUUAGUUGAUAUUGGUAGCCGGAAUCAUUGAGGUACGCUUUUUGACCUGUGGUGUAUAAAGAUUUUUUAGAAUCUUGAUUCUAAAGAAAUAACAUUCAGAAAAAUCUUAUUUUUCAA